CAAAACUUUAUAAAAACAAAUAGACAGAAGAGCAUUUAUCGAAAGAUUUACUUUUUUAGAUCCACUUGACUGGGAACUCUGCUAAAGUAUUUUCAUUUUGAAUAGACUAUAGUUCAUACAGGUCAAUUGGAAAUAACAUCAUUACUGUUUAUUUAGAGAGCAUAACCUGGAUCUCCCUAAAUUCUCCCAAUUUUAAGUUUUUACAUAUAAUUACAUUUUUAUAAUGCAAGCUUUUAAUUUUUUAAUAUAUUGGCAUAUUGAAGUACAGUAGUUACAGCACGUGGUAGCUUUUGGUAAAUAAAAUAAAGGUAGCAUCAAAAGUACAAAGUCGCAUGUCAUUCAUCAUGUUUAUCUGCCCUUGUUUAUUGUCACUUAACAACUGUCACUCUCGAGUAAAGGGACAAUUUACUUUACUUUUAAAAAGUAGAACAAUAAUUUAAUCGGUGGCAAUCGAAUAAAAAACAAAAACCCUUAAGUACGAAAUCGGGCUUCUUUUUGUAUGAUACAUACGAAGUGUUUCAAGAUAAAGCCACUGUCGGAUGAAUAAGUUAUAACGACCCAUGCUCGCUCCAGCUGUCAUGUUUGCGAGUACGUCACGAGGAGAGGGAACAUUACCGGAAGUAGGCGGUAAACAUUAGAAAGAGAAGAAGUCGCCCAGCAGUUCGGUGGGUAACUCCAAACAACAACUAAAGUACAUCUUCGAGUCGAACCCCUUCAGGAUGGGCACCACGGCCAGUCAACUUGGGAAGGAUUUGCUCUCAGAAUAUCAGGAGCUGACAUUCUUGACAAAACAAGAAAUUCUUCUUGCCAACAAGAGAUUCACUGAACUGCUCACAAAAGAUGAGAAAGACCUUCCAAACGCCAGAGUACCAGUGGAGAGGAUCCUCACUCUGCCCGAGCUCAAGUGCAACCCUUUCAGGAGAAGAAUCUGCCAUGUUUUCUCAACGUCUGAAUACAAAGAUGGAAGCCUCACAUUUGAGGACUUUCUGGAUCUCUUGAGUGCCUUCAGCGACUCCGCGACUAUGGAAAUCAAAUCUCACUAUGCCUUCCGUAUAUUUGACUUUGAUGAUGAUGGAACUCUGGACUGUGGUGAUCUGGAGAAGCUGGUCAACUGCCUGACUGGCGAGACAGACGACACGAGGCUCACCACGGAGGAGAUGAGACAGCUCAUCAGCAAUAUUCUUGAAGAGUCCGACAUCGACAAGGAUGGAACUGUGAACCUCUCAGAGUUUCAGCACGUCAUUUCAAGGUCACCGGAUUUUGUCAGUUCUUUUAAGAUUGUGCUGUGAAGAACUCCAGCCGGCUGAGGAAAUACAUCUACUUUUAACUCUGAAAUGGUCUUUAGAUUUCAAUGAGAACGAGAAUUUUAAAGAUUUGCCUUAAAUUAUAUCCACCUAAAGAUUUUAUUGCCUUAACUAUUUGAUGUAUCCUUUGUAAAAUAUAAAAACUUAUGAUUUUUCUUUUUUCUAUAAAGAACAUUUUAAAUACUUUCAAAAAGUGCUCAUUUAUGAAGUUGUCUGUUUUUAAUAGAACAAACAAGAACUUGUACAUCACAAAAUAAAUUCAGUCUUUUGUUGUAAUAAUUCACUUCCUGGAA